CGUUUCCCCUAGUUUGACCGGAGUGAUUUCGAUGUGCGACGGAGGACAAGGUAAGAUGGCAGCGGCCGUGAUACAAAUGUCAUGUUUGUAUCGUGGUUUGUUAGCAGUCAGGACAUCGGGAAUCCGACCGCUGAUUCCAGGUGUGAUACCUUGUUACCUACGGACUUUUUCGAUGAGGAAAGAAUCGGAAGAGUUGGAGAAUAAUCCCUUUUACAACAAAUAUCAGGCGAAGAUAAACCAACUUCGGAGGGCGAAGCCUCAAGAGUAUGAGGCUCGACUGGAGAGGAGAGUAGAGAUAAAGAAGGAGCCGCUGGGGCACUCCAAACAGGCGGAGUUCAUAAAAGUCAUGGAGCAGGAGUUGGAAAAAAGAGGCAAAAACACAGAUGGAACUGGCGGAUUUACCAAAGACAAGAGUCUUGGAUCCAUCCUCAAUAUUGACAUGGUCCAGAAUAUGUCGGGAGAGGAAGUUGGUAAGCUGUGGAUGCAGUAUUUUUCUACGAAAGACACUAUCAGUGCAGUCAUACCAGGGGGAAUAUAUGAAGUCAUGUUCAGCAGAACCAAGUCCUGCCCAAUGUUCCUGUACGCUGUGCCACAGAAGGAGGGCUAUGAGUUCUUCUUGGGUCAGUGGUCUGGCCAGGAGCUACACUUUACCUCUCUGAUCAAUGUCCAGACUAUGGGAGAGAAUGCUCCGAGCCAGCUGAUAUUGUACCACUACUCGGACCUGCAGAAGGGGAAGGGGAUAGUCCUCAUGACUGCUGAGAUGGACCCCAAGUUUAUAAGCGUUCACCAGGCCCAGUGUUUAGCCAAUCAGGUUCAGCUUUUCUAUGGAACGCAGCGGCUGGAGACCUUCCAAUUGGUCGAGACCUUCAACCACAAACCGGCAGACUUCAAGCACAUGUCAGUGAUAGCGGAGCUGGAGCAGAGUGGCAUUGGUCCCGGAGUCUCCCCUGCACAGUCACAGGCCAGCAAGGACAGUGGGCAUCAGGAGCCCUGCUCUAACACUGAACUUUAAAUGGGGGAAGUGUAAAAGCAUGUUUUAAUUAAUGGGAAGAGGAUUUUCCACUCAUCCUUUGGACAUUAGGCCUCGGUCUCUUCUCAGACCGAGCAGGUAGAUGGUGUGAAGAUAUGCCGGCCAUCUUGUUCCCUGAAAUUCCCUAUUUCUUUCUUUGUGGCAGUCGGCAUGAUGAACGUUCAAAAUGGAUUAAGAAAACGCUGCUCACAGCCUGAAACGUUUAUCAUGUACAUGUUUUAGAUGUUUCUGUCUCUGAGCCGUUGCCCAGGGUAGUGUGUUGUUGGACAUGUCACUGAAAUUGGCACCGUAUGAAAUUACAAGUAUUUUAGUCUGAUUUACAAUGUUCAACUGAACUAGAUGUCUGAAAUUAUCUUUGGAUAUUAAAGUAUGCAAAAGUCAUUGCACAUACAAACCA